AUGGUAGCUCCUCUGAAGAACAAAUCAUCGGAGACGGUCAUAGCCGGACUGGAGAGCGUAUUUCGAGAGAGAACCCCUCACAAAAUACACACGGAUCGGGGGAAAGAAUACACAUCAAACAAGACGGAAGCAUUCUUUCGCUCCCGGGGCAUCGAACAUUUCGUAACUGACAACGCGCCUGUCAAAGCAAACUAUGCUGAACGCGUAAUAAGGACCAUUCGUAACCGAAUGUACCGCUAUUUCAAUCAUAAACAGAGCUACAAAUUCAUAGAUAUUCUGUCUGACUUGGUGCGAAACUACAACGAAACGCCACAUUCUUCUCUUCACGAACUUGCCCCGAGAGAUGUCACGCCUCAGAACGAGGUCGAUUUACUGAUGGAGCUUUAUUUCCCCCCAGAGAAAGUCGAUAAAAAGAUUAGUCGGAAAACGAAGAAAAAACCCAGAAUCAAAUCCGUAUUUAAGUUCAAGGUUGGUAUUAAAGUGAGAAUUUCGCACUUGAGACAACCUUUUACGCGGGACUUUCACGAGACGUUUACCGGCGAGAUAUUCACAAUCGUUGCCCGAUAUUACAAGCAAAACGUAGAUCUUUACAAGCUCGAGGAUUACAACAAGCGAACGAUUACCGGGAGCUUUUACGCUGGCGAACUUCUGAAGUUGGUUAAUCCGGAAAAUUUGAAAUAUCGCAUAGACUGA